UUCUGGUAUAGAAGUAAUCACGGUUCUUGUAGGGACGGUUUUUAGGGAAUAAACCGCCAUUAUUUUUGACACCAAGCCCUAGGCCGACUGGGAGGGGCCCAGCGUCUGGGGAGCAAACACCAGGGCAGUCCCCGGCACGCAGCGGUACCGGUAACAGCGUUACAAUACGAGUGCUGCAAGCUCACGCUCUUCGUCCAUACGUGCAGCGCCCACCAAACACCUAAGGAGCCUCGCCCCUGCACCAAAACACUCCUUGAAUAUUGUCCCAAAGAUCAGACUCCUGGCACAUCAUUUCGCUCGCUCGCUCGCUCGAUAUUGUUGUUGUUGCUUUCACAUUGCUGCAACUCCUUGAUUACGACUUGACGAUUCUUCGUUCGCUUCUUUCGCUUUGUAUGAUUUAAUCCAGCGCCUUUGCAUUGCAUUGGUCUCCUCGCCGUUCGCUCUGCAGCCUGCGGCGUUGUCCUCGACACUCGUUGACUUCAAUUCAGCACUACUUCAUCUUAACCGAACUCGUCGAUGAGGGAGAGGGCCGCCAGGUUGUAGAGGCAUCGGAGCCGGCAAGAUCUCUGGUUGCAACACCAUUGACGCGCCUGGGCCAUUGAAGUUCACCAUGGCCACUCGAGGGAACGUCCCUGCACAUAUGCAGGCGUCCUUGCCUGCUCUUCCGGCUCAUUUGCAAUCAGAUACCCACAUAACCGCCCAUCUUGCGAGCCGAUUCCAUGUUUCUUUGCCGACAGCGAGGUUAUCGUCGCAGGGACUCAUAUGCCUCAACACCUUCACCUCUUCGACGCGAGGACCGAAUGGAGACAAGGAAGGGAGUGCCAUGGGGGAGGCGGAGGACCUGGCACGCCGGGCCUGGGCGAGGCUGGGUAAUAGAGCGGAAGACCAAGCAUUUGUUUUCUUCGGGGAGUCUGGGUCGGGGAAGACGACAGUCAGGUCGCACCUCCUUUCCUCGUUCCUCUCGUUUUCGUCCACACCUCUAUCAUCAAAACUAUCCCUCGCUGCCUUCGUCUUUGACACCCUGACCACUACCAAGACAACUACGACCCAAACUGCCUCCAAAGCAGGUUUAUUUUACGAGCUACAGUACGAUGCUUCGUCGAAUAACCCUACCCUUAUCGGAGGCAAGUUGUUGGACCAUCGCUUGGAAAGAAGCCGUAUUUCACAUGUCCCAACGGGUGAACGGAGCUUUCAUGUAUUAUACUACCUUCUCGCCGGUACAAGCGCCGCCGAGAAGUCCCAUCUCGGCCUGGAUGGCCAUGUCAACAUCACAACCGCCGGAACCGGCCUAAGCAGGUCCGCUUCUGUAUCGCACAAGAGAUGGAGAUAUUUGGGCCACCCCACGCAAAUGAAAGUUGGCAUCAAUGACGCAGAAGGCUUCCAGCAUUUCAAAAACGCGCUGCGGAAAUUGGAGUUCCCCAGGACCGAAAUCGCCGAAAUCUGCCAGGUACUGGCAGCAAUUCUUCAUAUCGGCCAAUUGGAGUUCGGUACAGGACAGGCAACUCUUACAGCAGCCGAGGAAAGCGGCGGUUAUUCUCAUGAGGGCGGUGAGACCGUCACCGUGGUCAAGAAUAGGGACACACUUGCUAUAGUGGCUGCUUUCUUGGGGCUUGGUGUUCAGGACCUGGAGGAGAGCCUGAGGUACAAGACGAGGACCAUCCACCGCGAGCGUGUCACCGUUAUGCUCGACACGAAAGGCGCUCGCGAAAACGCUGAUGAGCUCGCCACGACUCUGUAUUCGCUCUUGGUUACCUACAUUAUCGAGAGUAUCAACCAGAGGGUUUGCGCGGCCGAGGACUCGGUGGCUAACACUAUCUCCAUUGUGGACUUUCCUGGCUUUGCUGACCACUCGUCCACCGGCUCUGUCCUAGACCAACUGCUGAACAAUGCAGCCAAUGAGUCGCUCUACAACACGUGCUUGCACAGCAUUUUCGAGAAGACUGCUGAGAUGCUGGAGAGCGAAGAGGUCAGUGUUCCGGCAACAAGCUAUUUUGAUAACUCAGAUGCUGUCCGUGGCCUUUUGAAGCACGGUAACGGAUUACUGGCUAUUCUCGACGAUCAAACACGGCGCGGUCGCACAGAUGUACAGUUCCUGGAAAGCUUGCGGAAGAGAUUCGAAAACAAGAACAAGGCCAUCACCGUGGGCAGCGCCACAUCAACAAUGCCGGGUAGCAAUUUCGCAACCACCAACCUUGCCGCUUCAUUCACCGUGCGCCACUAUGCUGGAGAAGUCGAUUACCCAGUGCAUAGUCUGGUGGAAGAGAAUGGGGACGUUGUUUCUGGCGACUUGAUGAAUAUGAUCAAAGCCACCAAAAGCGAUUUCGUCGCGAACUUGUUUGGUCAAGAAGCCUUGAACACCGUCAGCCACCCAGCCGAAAAGACAGCCAUCGUCCAGGCCCAGGUCAGCUCGAAACCACUGCGGAUGCCCAGCGUCUCGAGGAAGAAGCAUGAUCAGUUGCGCAGAAUGGCAAGCCGAAGGGCAGAUCGUUCUCCAGCCCCUCAGGAAGAAGAACCCCUGCCAGGUACAGAAGAAGCGAAGGUCAGGCGGACAAAGCCCACUGCGACCGGAUUGACUCAGGGUGCUGCAGCACAGUUCUUAUCGGCUCUGGACAACAUUACCAAAUCGCUGACCGCACCAAAUGUGAACAAUUACUUUGUCUUUUGUCUCAAGCCCAACGACAGACGGAUAGCCAACCAGUUCGACAGCAAGUGUGUACGUCAACAAGUUCAGAUGUUCGGCAUUGCCGAAAUCAGCCAAAGACUACGCACUGCGGAUUUUACUAUUUUCCUGCCUUUUGGAGAAUUUCUCGGGCUGACAGACGCUGACGGCGGUGUCGUCGGGAGCGAUCGUGAAAAGGCGCAGCUUGUUCUCGACAGUAAACACUGGCCCCCAAACGAGGCACGCAUCGGAAAUACUGGUGUCUUCCUGAGUGAACGUUGCUGGGCCAGCAUUGCGCUUACAGGGUCUCAAGCAGCAGCUUACUUCGGAGGCGAUAUCGGCUCGCCGUCUAGACCUGAUACCCCGGGUCAUAAUCCGUUCAGUGAUUCCAAGGCCCGACUAGUUGGUUCAGCUGAUGGAACUCCCGGGUCGUUUUAUGGCGAUGAAGCCAAGGGCGGUGGCUAUUUUGGCAGUCGAGAACUUGACGCCAAGUCAGACGCUGGAGCAUCCGCUUUUCAUUCAGGGGAUAUGUUCCGCAACCUCGAAACCAAGGAGGAACUCGCCGAGAAGGGCAACAAGAAGAAGGUUGAAGAAGUCGAUGUUGUUCCGGUUUCGUCUAGCCGGAAGCGAUGGCUUGCUAUCGUCUACUUCUUGACCUGGUACUUGCCGGACUUCGCCAUCAAAUGGAUUGGUGGUAUGAAACGAAAGGAUGUCCGAACAGCGUGGAGAGAAAAGUUCGCCAUCAAUCUCCUGAUCUGGCUCAGCUGUGGCUUGGUGGUCUUCUUCAUCAUCGUGUUCCCUGAGUUGAUUUGUCCCAAACAGAAUGUAUACUCGGCCGCUGAGCUGUCAGCCCAUGAUGGAAAAGGCAAACACAGCGCCUAUGUGGCUAUUCGAGGACAGGUCUUCGACUUGGGGGCUUUCAUGCCGAAUCAUUAUCCAAAAAUCAUCCCGCAGAGCUCGCUCAAGAAGUACGCGGGCGUCGAUGCCACCGGGUUGUUCCCAGUUCAAGUCUCGGCCCUCUGCCAAGGUAAAGACGGACGGGUUGAUCCUACGGUCCAGCUUGACUAUACUGCAACCAACAUCAGUGGCACUGCGGCCGUCAUCAGCUCAACAGACGCCAACCGGAAAUACCAUGAUUUCCGCUACUUCACCAAUGAUUCCCGACCAGAUUGGUUCUACGAGCAAAUGAUCAUGCUCAAGGCCAAUUAUCGCAAGGGCAGCAUCGGUUAUACCCCUCAGUAUGUGAAGACGCUGGCUAAAAAGUCGAAGUCGAUAGCCAUUCUGAAUGAUAGGGUCUACGACUUCACCACUUACAAUGAAGGUGGGCGGAGUGUACGGGCUCCUCCUGGUGAAGAAGUGCCAUCAGGGGUCGAUACUGAUUUUAUGGACUCUUUGGUGGUCGACCUCUUUACCCAGCGAGCAGGCCACGACGUCACCAAGUAUUGGAAUGCGCUACCCCUUGACCCGGGCUUGAGGAGUCGAAUGCAGCUUUGUCUCGACAACUUGUUCUUCGUGGGUGUAACGGAUACUCGGAAUUCACCACGGUGUCUUUUCGCCCGAUACAUUCUGCUCGCAGUAUCGAUUCUGCUGUGCAGUGUCAUUGGCUUCAAAUUCUUUGCCGCGCUUCAAUUUGGAGGCAAAAAUGUGCCUGAGAACCUGGACAAGUUUGUCAUCUGCCAGGUGCCUGCCUACACAGAAGAUGAGGACUCACUUCGCCGUGCCAUUGACUCUGCGGCUCGCAUGCGAUACGAUGACAAACGCAAAUUGCUCAUUGUGGUGUGCGAUGGUAUGAUUAUUGGCCAGGGCAAUGACCGACCGACCCCUCGUAUCGUGUUGGAUAUUCUGGGCGUUUCUGAAACCGUCGAUCCAGAACCGCUCAGCUUCGAAUCGCUUGGUGAAGGUAUGAAACAGCACAACAUGGGCAAGGUCUAUUCGGGUCUCUAUGAAGUGCAGGGGCAUAUUGUCCCUUUCAUGGUGGUUGUCAAGGUCGGUAAACCAUCCGAAGUAUCUCGGCCGGGCAACCGAGGCAAGCGGGAUUCUCAGAUGGUCAUCAUGCGCUUCCUCCACAGAGUUCACUAUAACCUGCCAAUGAGUCCCUUGGAACUUGAGAUGCACCACCAGAUUCGCAACAUCAUCGGGGUCAAUCCGACUUUCUACGAGUUUAUGCUUCAAAUCGAUGCCGACACGGUCGUCGCCCCGGAUUCGGCCACGCGCAUGGUUUCGGCAUUCUUGCGUGAUACCCGCCUGAUUGGUGUUUGUGGCGAAACGUCACUGUCCAAUGCCAAGUCGUCCUUCAUCACGAUGAUGCAGGUUUACGAGUACUACAUUUCGCACAACCUCACCAAGGCGUUUGAGUCGUUGUUCGGCUCGGUGACAUGUCUGCCAGGUUGUUUCACCAUGUAUCGCAUUCGGGCGGCCGAGACAGGCAAGCCGCUGUUCGUCAGCAAGGAGAUCAUCCAAGACUAUUCGGAAAUCCGAGUUGACACCCUGCACAUGAAGAAUCUGCUCCAUCUCGGUGAAGACAGGUAUCUGACCACGCUGCUAUUGAAGUACCAUUCCAAGUACAAGACCAAGUACAUUUUCCACGCUCACGCAUGGACCAUUGCUCCCGACAGCUGGAAGGUCUUCAUGUCGCAACGGCGGCGAUGGAUCAACAGUACGGUACACAACCUGAUUGAACUGAUCCCGCUACAACAGCUAUGUGGGUUCUGCUGUUUCAGCAUGCGGUUCGUCGUGUUCCUAGAUUUGUUGUCUACGGUUGUGGCGCCAGUCACAGUCGCAUACAUUGCAUAUUUGAUUGUGCUCCUCGCAACAGAAUCCGAUGUGGUACCAUUGACCGCAUUCAUCCUUCUGGGCGCAAUCUAUGGUCUACAAGCCAUCAUCUUCAUUCUUCGUCGGAAAUGGGAAAUGAUUGGCUGGAUGAUUGUCUACAUCCUGGCGAUGCCGGUGUUCUCCCUGGGACUUCCUUUGUACGCCUUCUGGCAUAUGGAUGACUUCAGUUGGGGCAACACCCGUCUGGUCAGGGGCGAACAUGGGAAGCAGAUCUUGCUGUCAGAUGAAGGCAAGUUCGGCCCUGACUCCAUUCCCAAGAAGAAAUGGGAGGAGUAUCAAGCGGAACUUUGGGACGCGCAAACUCAACGAGACGAUGCCCGCUCCGAACUGUCAGGUUACAGUUAUGGCACAAAGUCUUAUCUUCCCACUGGCUCUGUCUAUGGUGGAGGGUACAAUGACACACAGCACCUGAUGAUGGCGCCCUCGCGGUCCGCAUCGCAGCUCGACAUGCACCCUACGCCAAUGUACGGCGGUGGAGGCGGGCACAAUCAAUCCCGGAUGUCACUGGCCCCAUCGGAGAUGCUGGGCAGCCAGAGUAACCUGAUGAUGCCAAGCGGAAGGUCCGUCGCGGAUAUGGAGAUGUCCGACCUGACCGGAUUACCUACGGACGACAUGCUCCUCAACGAGAUCCGAGACAUUUUGAGGACGGCCGACCUAAUGACAGUCACGAAGAAAGGUAUCAAGCAAGAAUUGGAACGGCGGUUCAAUGUCAACCUGGAUAUGAAGCGGGCGUAUAUUGGAAGUGCCACCGAAGCCAUUUUGUCUGGGCAACUGUGACGGAUCUGUUUGAUUAGAAUGCUCGCCAUGUUCUAUUUAGCAAGUCAUGAUCUUGUAUAUACUGCUUAAUAUAGGACGGAGUCUGUGGGGUUGACCAAAAGACGGCUCAGUAUGUGGGCGGCAUGCAGGUGGUAAAUUUUCUAUCUAUACAUAUCAUGAAAGUGUCUGCCAUGGUCGAUGGCAACAUUUCAGCUGCGAUGAAGAUGAACAUUGUUUUCAACCGCGCGGAUGCGAGACCCAGUACCCUGUAUCGCUAUGGGCGGUCAUGCCGUUUACAAGUUUGUUCAUGAGGGUAGAACUGCUCCGACAGGUUUCUCAUCGUAUCUAGAUUAUGAUUAGAUCGAGAAGACGGGAUGCACUCCGACAUAUGUGGCAAUCAUUGAGUGUCGAUGCCUGUAGCCCAGCUUUGUGAGGAUCCCCCUCGUGCGAACAGAGAUUAGGGAGAACGUUUGGAACUUGACAGUACCUGGGUGGGGUCUUAGCAUGCUGGAUCCUGGGCUAAGGUUCUGCGGUGAAUCUUGUUGAGAUGAAGUAUUUAUGUAUUAUAUAUAUAUAUGGUCUCAACAAAGUCCCAAUUUUUGGGAGGCGGCUCGACUCCGUUUUGAGCAGCA